GUGAAAGGUCCGGAAGAAUGGCACGAACUUGGUAAUCAGUGUGGUGGAAAUAAGCAAUCCCCAAUAAACAUCAAAACAAGCGAGGUUGAGGAAGAAGAUAGCUACCGUAGUUUAAAAAUCACUUUUGACAACAAAAGGGGACUUGUUACUGGAACGCUUGAAAACACUGGGCAUUCACCUAAACUUAUAAUUGCUGAUUCCAGUGGAGCUUCACUAACUGGAGGUCCCCUUGGGAAUAACAAAUUCGAAUUGCUCGAGUUUCAUGUUCACUUUGGCUGUGUUAAUGAACGCGGGUCUGAACACAAGCUCAAUGGAAAACAACUGUCUGGUGAGGUA